GAAAAUAUCAAUCUGAAAAAUUAACUCCCAUUUCUUUUCUUUCAUGACUGGCUAUAUGAACUAAAUUAUUGCUGUUAAUUUUUGACUGCAAUUUUACAAAUGGCUGCCCAUAUGUAGCUCCCUUCCCUCUAGUCUACAGAUGUCAGGUCGCACUCAUCUGUUUUGCUACAGACACUCUGCUUUCUAGCUACCAUGGUUAAUGAUGUAACCAGCUAUUCUAUGCUAUUCUAUUGAAGAUACCACUGAUACCACAGAUUUUCUUAAGACUAUUAUUUAAGUUUUGCUUCAACUGCUUUACAGGCGUCCGUCUAGCACCAUCAUUUAACUGACCUUCUUAUUAAAGUGGAUCAUAUUUUCACAGAUUCUUAUCUCUAAUACUUUGUGACAAUGAUAAAAGUCCAGAGCUAGAAAGGAGCUGAAACAAAAACAAAUACUAUUCCCACUUACAUCGCUUCUCUUUAUUUCCCAGCAGUCACAGCUGUGAUCAUGAGGCUGCUGUGGAAGUCCGUGGACAAGAUGAGGUGUUUUAGAAAACGAUCCACGCUCCCCGUCCUCACCUUCCUGCUCACCGCGCUGCUCUUUUUCAACUUUUACAUGAAUGAUGGCUACGUCCUGGAAGGCGAAAAGAGACAGCUGGGAGAGACGUUGAUUCAUCCUUCGAGCUCUGACAGAUAUGUGCACACGUUCAAAGAUUUGUCCAAUUUCUCUGGGAGUAUCAAUGUGACGUUUCGCUACCUUGCCGGAAUUCCUCUGUCAAGAAAAAAGUAUCUUACCAUCGGGCUGGCAUCUGUCAAGAGAAAAAAGGGAAGCUACCUCCUGGAGACGAUCAAAUCCAUCUUUGACCAGUCCAGCUACGAGGAGCUGAAAGAGAUUGUGGUUGUGGUCCACCUGGCGGACUUUGACCCGGUGUGGUGUGAGAACGUGGUGCAGGACAUCACCAGGAAGUUCGCUCACCACAUCAUAGCCGGCCGCCUCCUGGUCAUCCAGGCCCCGGAGGAGUUCUACCCUUCUCUGGACGGCUUGAAGAGGAACUACAACGACCCGGAGGACAGAGUCCGUUUCCGCUCCAAGCAGAACGUCGACUACGCUUUCCUCCUGAAUUUCUGCACAAACCUGUCGCACUUCUACAUGAUGCUGGAGGACGACGUCCGCUGCUCCCGGAACUUCCUGACGGCGCUGAAGAAGGUGAUAACCUCCAGAGAAGGCUCCUACUGGGUGAUGAUGGAGUUCUCCAAGCUGGGCUACAUCGGGAAGCUGUACCACUCCAGAGACCUGCCCCGCCUGGCUCACUUCCUCCUCAUGUUCUACCAGGAAAUGCCUUGCGACUGGCUCCUCAUCCACUUCCGGGGCCUGCUAGCUCAAAAGGACGUGAUCCGCUUCAAGCCCUCGCUGUUCCAGCACAUGGGCUACUACUCAUCCUACAAAGGCGUGGAGAACAAACUGAAGGACGACGACUUUGAGGAGGACUCCAUAGACAUCCCGGACAACCCCCCGGCCGGCAUUUACACCAACAUCAACGUCUUUGAGAACUAUGACGCCACCAAGGCGUACAGCAGUAUAGUUGAUGAGUAUUUCUGGGGGAAACCUCCCUGCACCGGAGACUUCUUCAUCAUAAUCUUCAACAAAUCAACAAAAAUUAGCAGAAUGAAAAUAGUGACAGGGACGGAGGAUCGGCAAAACGACAUCCUUCACCACGGAGCUCUGGAAGUAGGACAGAAGUCUGUGGAGACCAAACAGGGAAGACAGUGUACAUCCUACAUCACAUUAGGAGAGUUUAAAGUGGGCAACAUUGAGAUUAAUGACGUGGAUCACAAGAUUGGCUUUGACAUUGAGUGUGUCAGAAUAGUUGUCACAGCUAGUCAGAAAGAAUGGCUCAUCAUUAGAACUAUCAGCCUCUGGACCACAUCACCUGUCAGUCAGUUAAAGUAAGGAUGUUGAGGUCUUUCUGUACUUUUUAGUUUGAUACGACAAGUUCACUUUGGACUUUUACUGUGCUGUAAAUUUAAACCAAUCCAUAUUUUCAUGGGUUGCUGAAAGAUUUGUAUAUUUUCAUUGUGAUGUAUCAACAACAGAACUGCUGUGUACAUAAGGGCAUUUGUAAUACAACGUUCAUUUUCUGAGGAUCUAUUUAUAAAAAAUAUUUACACACU